AUGCCCCACACCAUUCCUGCUCGUACGAUCAACGACGACUAUAUUAUCCUCAACGAUCCUGCUACAAUCGACAGCGAUGAGCUCCAGCCGCAGUUACAGCCCUCCCGACUUACACAGCCAGUCUUCGCCAACCUGAGACUUGGCUACCUCGCUGGCCAGGGCAACGCCAAGGACGGUUGCCCGUCUAGAAUCGACUGGAAGACUGACGAUAUCAACGCCAAGGUCGGUCUUCGUCUCUCAGAAUGGAGGGCCGACCAGCUUCGACGACAAUGGACCCAACAUUCGCGAUCACAUUUCUGGGACUGGCAGCACAAGCAGAACAUGCCUAUGUUUGGUCUCGCCGACGCGGAUAAGGCCGUUCUAGAGCAAGCCGUUUUGGCUGUCUAUCCUCACCAAGUCCCGUCCCGUCCCGUUCACACCAGAAUACCUCACGUGGCGUUUGAAGACUGCGAGAAGGAGCCGACUUUCACGUCUUCUUUUCUUUACUCUGGACUUUCUACCUGGUCUUUUCUUGCUACCCCGAUGCCGCAACCAGCUCCGCUGUUCCUGUGCAUUCUGUACACGGCUCAAUCUGCGAUGUUGACGAAUCGGCAGCCUCGAUGUCUGACGCUGGCGCAUCUUGCAACAAGAUCAGAGCACGCCGCCUCGGCCUAUGGUGGACAGCUCCCGACACCGCCCAAGGCUGGCCUCAAGAGGAAGAGAAUGGAUCCAUCUAUUGCUCAUGAUGAAACUAUCCCAUGCAAGAAGACAGCAUUCAACCACACUCUUUCCCCUAGCAAUUGGGUAGAGCCGCCACGAUUCAGUGCGCCUGUUCAUAAUGCUGCUGGCAACUUUGGGUUGGAUCCGUCUUGCUCUGAAAUUUCAAGAUCCAUUCGCAUCUGGCAGGCCUGUUGCUUCUCCACUCACCGUCCACUAUGCACUCGCGCUGCGACUGGACCUUGGCUCUAUCCCCGGAAGCGCUGGAAUCACCACUCUCACCAGCCGCGCGUUCUGGUCAGCCUCCGUGAUCCCUCGGCGGACAGCUGGAUCUUUUGGCGAGCGCACUCGGUUCUUCUAGCAGCAUCAGCACCAGCACCAGCACCAGCACCCACUCUGCUCUUCCUCUCCAUCUUCGCACUUUCCUGGACUUCUUGGCUCUCGAUUCCUUCAUUUUUCAUUCCAUUAAAUUCACGGCUUCGUCUAUGUACACAACACUCAAAACCAGUAUACACAAUGCUACCUCAAGGACACCCGCGCCGCACGAUCAACAAGUCCCCCCUACAGACCGAUGACUUUUCUCCUAGUGUCGACCAAGAGCUCAUCAAUGAGAUCGUGUGGUAUGCCGCCGAUGAACUUAGACCAGAUCAGGGCUCGGUGUCGACACGACACCCACGUCAGCACCCUUGCCAACGUCUGCGGCUCCAACUGGACCGAGAGAUCUCCAUGACACUGAACUGGCAAGCCUUGCUAUUCGUCGCGCAAAGAUGGAGUUGCCACUUCCUGACACGAACCUUGACAUCCGCUCAAAGGAGGUUCCAGGUUGUCGCUGUCGCUACGUCCUUCACCGUGCCGAACCCAUCUGUCAACACGGCACAGAGCCCACUCAUCUGCACCUCAUCCCUCGCCACAGAAGCGGACCGAGAUUCACUUGAUAAGGACUAUUCUACGGAGUCCAAAGAUGAAGUGCACAGAGACAGAAGGACACAGUCAGACAAGCCUUUACAUAGGCGGCAGAAAUUGUGGGUCCGCGGCUUCUUGGCGCACAUGAGACGGUCUCGCGACUUCACUCCGCAUCUUGUUCACCCCGACGAGGAGUGCGCUUGGAUAAUUGCGACUAGCUGGGUUGCUACUGUAACGGUGUUGCAAGUGAUUGUGACCGUGGCGAUUGCUCGAACUUUUGAUGGGGGGGUUGGUGCUUUUGGAUCAUCCCAGGAUCUCCUUCUGGACAUAGGUCAAUAUGCCUUGUUGCGGUCUCCCAACCAACCGGGGGCGCGGGUGGCAGAAGCGACACAUUUUGGCUGUGGUGCAUUCGGCAUUGUGGGUCCGCCGCUUCUUGGCGCACAUGCGAUGAAGCGGUCUCACGACUUCGCUCCGCAUCCUUACCAGGAGCAACAACAUUUUUUUUUGAUCGAGCUGUCCAGAGAGCGCUUUUAUCUCCCAUCUGGUUGAAUCAUGUUCUUCAUGAAUCUAAUAUCUCGCUCUGUCGUUUCCGCAGUGGCGCUCAGUCCAAGCUAUUCUCAUCAACAUCAGCUCCGUACUCCUGAACGACCCAAGCACAAAACUUUUCGAACUCUGCCGCCCAUUCACGCAUCCUCUCUGCUCUGACGCCUUUCCCGAAAGCACCGUCUUUGAUAUCCUGCUGCCAUUCUUUCGCCGUACAUUCCUCAAAAUUCGCCCAUCGGAUGCUGUUCUCAGCCAGACUUGCCAGACCGGCGAGUCCAAGGUUUUCCCAACCCUGUAGUGCCUGCCAGAAGUCAUGCGUCAUGCCAUUCGUGCCUUGCCCAAGUAUUGCCGGAUCGUCGUUCGCGAGACAGCAGGGUACGCCUCGCGCGAUGAGGGAAGGCAGGACGUUCAUCUUGAUGCUGCCGGUGUAUCUGAGGACUUCGUUGCUGACUGGGCAGGACUCGAUUAAGAUUUUCUUUUCCUUGACCAUUUCUAUCAGUAGUGGAUGCCGAUAUAAAGAAAUGCCGUGUCCGAUUCGCCUCGUGCCAAGCAGGACAGCAUCGAAAAGAUUCUCGUCAACACUGUCGCCAUCACCAAGCGUUUCACCAGCGUGGAAGAAGAAAGGUAUGUCUACUCCCGCUUCGGCGCACUUUUUCUUGAACCAGAAGAUUUCGGGUGUGAGGUCUACGAGUGGACGACCUCUGUCUUCCUGUCCAACGAAGUCGAACCCGAGCAAGAGAUCUGGGAACUCCACUUUCGUGUCAAUACACUUCUGCAUAUCUUCCAUGACAUACUUUGGUCCAAACUGUCGAAUGCUUGUCCAAAUCACAGUCGCUCCCCAGAAGCCCUUGCCUUCUUCGG